AUGCGGGCCUGGAUCUCCCCGUUGGUGGCGGUGGUGGUCUUUGCUGUGCUGCUAUUGCAUGCCAGCAGCGCGGCCGCGGAACGACGCUGUCGCAAUCCAGGGUGCACGGAAGCCAUCUCCAUUGUUAGAGCUUUCCGCGACUACCAGGCUCCAGAUGGAACCUUCUCCUUUCGACGACUCGCCACCUUCUCCGUUCUCAGCAAGGACGGAAACAUGUGGGAAGGCAACAUUGGUGGGAAACGUGGGUUCUUUCCGGAAGACGCGGUGGAAGAGCUGACGGUCUUUGAACGCAACCCCCGCUUCGUCGUCCCUCUCGAGCCUCCACCGUCACCACCGACGCCCGAGCCGCCAACACCCCCUCGUGAACCAACCGCAGAGGAGCUGCUGGCACUGAAGCGCAAGAAGCUUGCCGAGCUCUUGAAGGAGCAAGAGGAACUCGAGCGAGCCCAAUCAACGUACAACCCGACCACUGCUAAUGUUGCACAUCCCCGGAUAUCCUUGUUUUGA